AAUAUAAAUUCUUCUAACAUUUUAAUUGUAUGCUCAUACAAAGCAUUGCAAUGAAAGCUACUAAUUAUAGGGACUGGGUCCAGCUUAUCAUUACAGAAAUGCAAAGGUUACCUAUCUAUACACCAAUCUAUGCAAUCUAUGGUAGAACAAAUAUAAUCGGUCACAAAGAUUAUUUGAUAAACAUAAAAUAUGAAGCUUGCCGAGUUUUACAAAUUUAUGUGUCCCUUUAAGAGCUCUCCUGCACCCUCUUGUGGAGGACAGUCUAGAAGUUGUUUCGCUGUUUUAAGGAAGGUACUGUUUUCGUGCUAUUUGCGCUUUGAGUAAGGGAUCUUAGUAUACCAAACAAACGAAGCGGAGGAGUCAGAACUUCAAAAAGUGAUAUCGCUGUCGACUUCUGGAGUGAUGAACAUGCUACAGGGGAGACUGAAAGGGAGUACAUGGCCUUGGAACCGGGAAUAACAAGGAAUAAUAAGGAUAAUCGUCAAAGAUUUCUAGAGAUUAUUUGAUCAUAGGCAUAUUCGUUCUGGUUGCAGACUAUGAUAUUGCAUGGUGCAAUGUGAAAGUGACGGUAUACAGUAAUAUUGUCGAAGAACAUUAGCUGGCUUUAGGAUAAAGCUAUUUUAAAGUGUUUUGUUUUGCUUUUGCGUCGCGUUCUCUGCACAACCACUUGUUGAAAUACCAAAAUCUACAAAGACGAGGAUAUUUAACGUUACGUUUCUCGAGGAUGAAAUGAAAACUUCAGAGUUUGGGGAAUUUAUAUUUCUCUGGAGCAAAGUCUUAGAUGUAACUGCGUGAGAGGUUGUUGAUUAGGGGAACACUAUAUCUUUGACAAAGUUAACAUUGCUUAUGUUGGCUAGUGAAUACGAGCCAACGUUUCAAUACAGACGCUUUAACUGCAGCUAACUUGGUGUCGCAACAUUAUUACGGAUAUAGCUCUUCGUAUACAAUUGUGCAUAUUUCAUAUAAAAAAACCAAACGUUCUUAAAUGUUGUUUUGAGGUUCUCCUGGCUGUGGCGCAACUAAAUCUGUCAAUGACAGGUUAGCUCGCCUAACAGUUAGCGUGAUAGCUAGCGAAAGCAGGUACAACUUUAGCCAGUUAGCAAGCCCCAUGCUAAGAUUAGUAUUACGGAACAGUAGGUUACGCUAAUGUUAGCUGUUUGAAUCUGUCAAACCAAGUUCUCAGUUAUCAAACAACUGCGAUGACUGCUUCACGUUUGGGUAUAGUACAUUAAUAGCCAUCACAUUCGUCGUUUUAUGUUAUCAGAUAAAUUGACUGAAAUUGGGUUAACUUUGUUUUACGGAAAACGAUGCACACACUAAACUAGCUGGCUACCGAACCCUUGCUAACGCGGGUUGUUAGCGUGAAAACUGCACUGGCUUAACAAGUUGUCCAAUUAGCAAGAUAGCUGGUAUUUCUAUUUGGAUUGUGUUUAGCAGAUUUAUAUUAACAAGUUUUUUGUGUCUCGGAGUUCAGUGGUCUGAAUGGGACUUUUCUAGAUCGCUAAAUUCAAGUACUGACUUUGUUGGAAUAGCUUUGUUAGUUAGCCCUGUAUAUUUCUUCUUGGAUUCUUGGAGUUUUAGUCUGUUUUUCUAGCUGAGCUGGUUGUUGGACUAGCUGGUUAGCUAGCUAACUGAUGUUUUAUAAGCUUGACAGCAAGUAAACAAGCACCUCACGAUCUUUUGCUCAUUUGCUCAACUUUGGAGAAAUCUCUUGGAGAAUCCUGACAAUGGACGGUUGGUCAUACUUGUGACUUUUGCUCAAACUCUGAACUCCUACUUUUAUCAAGUAAAGUUGUUUAACUCUGCGGCCCUCACAAUGUCUGGAUCCCCGAGCUCGAGUGGGUCAAACCCGAGGAAAUUCAGCGAAAAGAUAGCCCUGCACAAUCAGAAACAAGCGGAGGAGACACGGGCCUUUGAGCAGCUUAUGACGGACCUCACCGUUUCAAGGGUGCAGUUCCAGAAACUUCAGCAGCUUCGUCUCUCCCAGGGUCGGGCCCAGUACUACGGGGGCUCCCUACCCAACGUCAACCAGAUCGGCAACACCAACACAGAGUUCCAGGGUCCAUUCCCGGCAGGGCUGGACUCGCAGCGUGGGACUCGGCACCACGGCCUGGUGGAGAGGGUUCACCGGGACCGCAACCGCAUCAACUCACCACACCGCAGACCCCUGGACAAGCACGGCCGGCAGAUUGAAAGCUCUCCAUACAGCUCUGUCUACCUGUCCCCUCCACCCGAUAACAACUGGCGAAGGACUAACUCAGACUCAGCCCUCCACACCAGUGCCAUGAGUCCAAACCCACAGGACCCCUUUGGCAUGAACCAGCAGAUGGUCCGUGGGCCCCCACAGCGCAACGCCAGUGUUAAUGAAGCAGAGAUCGACGGAGGAUCAGGAGAUGUCUUCUCCUUCCCAGCGCUGAGCGAGGAGGAGAGCCUGAGGGGGGUGAACAAGCCCCUGCCCAAGCAGCUGUGGGAGGCCAAGAAGGUCCAGUCCUUGUCCUCACGCCCUAAGUCAUGUGAAGUGCCUGGAAUCAACAUAUUCCCAUCCCCGGAGCCCAUGGGCCUGUCGCACUACCAGGGCUCUCUGAACACGGGCGGCUCGCUGCCGGACCUCAGCAACCUGCACUUCCCCUCGCCGCUGCCCACUCCGCUGGACCCCGACGACGGAGGCUGCUACCCCAACCUGAGCGGCGGCAGCAGCACCGGCAACCUACCUGCCGCCAUGAUGCACCUGGGCAUCGGCAACCAGGGUCUCUCGUCCUCUCUCAGCAACCCCUCCAUCCAGGCGUCGCUCUGCAACUCCCAGCUGCACUCGUCCCUCAGUAAUCCCUCCAUCCACUCGUCUCUGCGUCUCUCCUCGCUGACCAGUCCCCCGGCGACGGGCAUGAGCAGCUCGCCACGACGACGCCCCGCCCCCAUCAGCCCCUUGACGCUGUCGCCAGGCGCCGAGCAUAGGCGGAGUCUGGGCAAGCAGAUGUCGCCAACCAUGUCACCGUCUCUGUCACCAAUCACACAGGGCAUCCCGUUAGACACCAGCCUACCCAUGGAACCGCCGCCACCUUACCCCCUUUACAAGCAAUCCCAGCAGUCCUUGCAGCAGCAACAGCAGCAGCAGCAGCAACAGCAACAGCAGCAGCAGCAGCAACAGCAGCAACAGCAACAGCAGCAACAGCAGCAGCAGCAGCAGCAACAGCAACAGCAGCAGCAGCAACAGCAGCAGCAGCAGCAGAAGAACCAGCAGGCUCACCAAUCCAUGCAGCAAGGGCGGGGCCAGGCAGGCCAGCAGCAGCCAGUUUCUCCGCUUCAGAACCUGUCGAACCUGGACUUCAGCUCUGCCCUGCACAAUAACAUGGGAGCAUUCUUCAGCGAUCCCUUCAUGGACACACAGUUUUCUGGCCGCCAGUCAAAGGGCCUGAAUUACCAGCAGGAUCAGUUCAGUUUGCUGGAGAACGCCAUGAGCUCGAUGGGUGGGGGCUCGUGUUUUGACAACUCCAACCUCUACUACAACCAGGCCUCACUGAUGGGCCUGAGCGGUAGCCACGGCAACCUGCAGGACCCCCUGCAGAUGCGGCAGAACAUGCUCUACACUAACUGUGGGGGAGGAGUCCCCAACAUCAUCCUCACAGACGACUCCAACCCCAACCUGUCGAAGGACAUCAGCAGUGCUCUGUCGGCCGUGCCGGAGUGCUUCGACUCGGAGGGCUGCUACCCCCUGGAGGACGAGCUGCGUAUCGAGCCCCUCAGCCUGGACGGUCUGAGCAUGCUCAGUGAUCCCGACAUGGUCCUGCCCGACCCCUCUGUGGAGGACAGUUUCCGUAGCGACAGACUCUGAAGAGUGCUCUGAAGAGAGGUGGCAGGCAGGUCACUCGCAGUUGCACGAACCCUUACGCACGUUCACGGCCACUUCACGCAGCGCUCGGUGUAAACAGUGUGCAUGCAACACUCAUGUGACCCAUUCUCGCACGUCUUUACUGGUAAAGAAUAAAACAUGUUACACGCUCUCACACACUACUUGUGGACUCGUCGGCAUCACAGUAAAACACACACACACAUACACACACACAUGGUCACAUGGACACAUUUAAUUUUUUUUAAACAUGGAAUGGAAAGGGCUCUCUCUUCAGUUUGAGGUCCUUUUCAGAGGAGCAUGUGUCCAUGGAAACGCAUCUUAGCGGUAUUUUUUUACUCUGUUGUUCGUUUUAUUUAUGUGUAUCAGAGUGUACACAUACAGUCAGAUGUUAAUGAAAGACUGAAACAUUCAGGAUUUUCUCUGUCUCACACACACACACACACACACACACACACACACACACACACACACACACACACACACACACACACACACAGCACUGGCAGUAACAUGUGCUCACACUCUGAGAGGUGUAAUAAGGGACUUUUCUUGUAUGUGUGUGUUUGCAGUUCCUUUUUUUUUUAUAACUGUCUUAUAUUGUCCUUCAUGUGGCUAAGGUCUUUUUUCUCUGCAAUGUCACCCAAAAAAAAGGCAUGAUGUUGUUGUUUGUGUGACGCUGUCCAAUGUCCAAUGUCCAGUGGGUCCACCCGGGAGACUCUUGGGACACUGAGGGACUCUGAGUAACAUAGGAAGCCAUCUUCCUCUCGCUCGAUGCUCAAACAGGAUGGUGAACUGAGCUGAGAUGAGCUGCCCACGCCAGGCUGGCACCGAGCAAACAGAUGGGCACACCCUUCGGGGGGGACCCAGUCCUGAUAUGCCCACCAGCACAUCGACGCCAGCGCCCCACCCCUCCCCCUCCAGUGCCCACUCUAAAGCCUGGCAGCAUGGCCCUGGCAACCUGGCACCACUACCUGCUUCCAUUGGGCAGUGAGUCAGCUCGGCCCCUGAGGCAUAUGUGCCCACGGUCUUGUGCCCAGUGUGUGAACCCCUCUCCCUGGGUGCCAUGGCUCUGCUUGUGUCCAGUGCAGUUCAACUGCAGAGUACCGUUGCCCCGAGACAAACACUCAAAGAGAGAGUCUGUACUUCUCCUGAUUCUGUGGAGGCACAGUCAUCUGCUCUACUGUAUGCACAGAGCAUUAUUUUUCAAUGGCUUUGCAGGAUAUAUAUAUAAAUAUAUAUCUUUUUUGUUGUUGUUGUAAAAUACAAAAAUUAAUAUGUGAUUUUAAAGCGAUUUAAAAGAAGAAAAAAAAGUUUGCCACUUAACGUAUGCCUCACAAUCACCGUCGGACAAGAAUGUAUUUUUUUUUUUUUAAGAACUGUAGGCUUCAUAAAAAGGGCAAACUGUUUACAGUGCAAACAAAACGAUUUUAAAGAUGAAAAAAAAAAAAAGAUAUUUCAAACAAAUCUGAAGAUUCUUAUAUGAGAUGAAAACACUUCUAUAAUGUUUUGGUAUAAAGAAAAGAAAAAAAUCACUUGUAUUGUAUAUUUUUUACCUUUCCUAUGAGAUUAUGGAAGCUCGGUGCCUAGUUGAGCGGCCUGUUAAAAGGCUGUGGCGUGUUCUCGUCUCGUCUGUGAUGACUACGCCGUGCACUGCAGCAAAACCAGCCCCACACAGAGAAAAAGGAACUAUUUUUCAUUCACUCUUUCAUUAACUAUGACGUAUCUCUCUGACUCAUUGUAAUAUAAGUAUAUAUAGAUAUAUAUAGAUAUAAAUAUAAUCACUUCUUUAACCUCGUCUGCUGUCUUGUUAAUGCAGCUGGUUCCAUGUCAAUGUUUUAUCCUCUCUUUUUUUCUUUCUUUUUUUUUUUUACUUUACAUUUAUUUUUUGUUGUUUUUUUUUUUUUUUACUGUUUUUUUUUUUUUUUUUUUCUAUUUCUGGUGGCAUCGGCAGUUGUGAUGCAGGCAGUGUCUUGUGUAUAAUGCUUUCCAGUUAUGCUUUCCAUUUUGUGUGUGUAUGAGGGAGGGAGGGAGAGUGUGUGUGUGUGUGUGUGUGUGUGUGUAUUUGUGUCUAUAUGCGUGUGAUAAUCCAGUUGGCUGCUCAUCCUCUUCCUCCUUGUGUGGUUUGGUGGGACGUACAGUCAGUGAGGGACAUACAGCCAUGCGCCUAGAUUACAACAAAUGAAAGCCAAAUUAAAAAAUAAAUUGCACAAAAAAAAAUCUUUUUUCAGUACAGUUAUCAGGUCUCUUUUCUAAUUAUAUUUAAUGACCUUCAUCAACCGCUAGCAUUUAUGAGCACUUAUGAGCAAUGGCACUGUCUGUCACUAUUAAUCUAAGUUCUCAAACAAGCAGAAGAUGAGAUUUUGAAAUGUAUCCAUUUCCCCCUCAUGAACUGAGACGGUGCUCAGGCGGACGUGUGCAUGUGUGAGUCUCCCUCUGUGCUCUUUAUUCAGAGUGGAGGCCAAGCCACUGCCCCGAGUCUCCCUCCUGGAGAUCUUAACUGCCAGCUCAGGCUUCAAGUGUGUCUGUUAGUGUGUGUGUGUGUGUGUGUGUGUGUGUGUGUCCACCAGAUGUAGUCUUUCCAUCUCACAUCUCUUUCCUCUCUUCUUGUCAAGCCUCUCCCCCUCUACUGCCUUACUUCAUCCCUCUAUCUCACAUUUAGUUUCUUUCUUUUUAUAUAUAUAUAUAUAUCUGCCCUCUGUGCAGUCCUGCUCUGAGCCCUGCGUCCUCCCCUCGCGUGCAGGUUUGUUUUGUUUGUUUUGUUUGCUUGUGUUGUUCUGUUCGUUUGCCAUUGUAGUCUUUAUCAGAGAUGUUGUAACAUAUAAUGUCGUUUUUUCGUAGAAAGAAUUUGUGUUUCUUUUUCAUUUUGUUUGUUCUUUCAUUUUUCUUUCAUUUUUUUUUCUUGUUUGGUGUCUUACAUUUUUUUAGUUACCUUUUAAAAAAUGUACAGUUCUGUUAUUUAAAAAGGUUUCUCAUCCACUAGUGCAACUACUCUUGGUUUGUUUUUUUGUUUUUUUUUAAAUAUGCCAUUUUAAAUCAUUGUCUCUUUUUUUCAGAUAUUACAAUUUUACUACAUAACAGCUUUUUUUUUUGGUUUGUGAUGUAUGUUAUAGUGCUUACAUUUUUUGUUUUGUUUAAUAUAAACAAUAAAACUCGAUACCGUGUAA